AUGAGGGAUACCCUUGGCAAUGCUGCUACUACCAAGGAUAUGUUCCGGGCUUUCGCCAAGUUCAACCCUCUCUUCUUCAGACUCCGUAUUAGGAGUGCUGUAUUGGAAUAUCAGAACUCACUAUUGAGUAAGGUUAAAGUGGACAUAUUUGAUCUACAGGAGGCAUUCAAGAAGGGCUUUGAGGGAUCUGGUACCGAGACCAUGCUCCUUCAGAGAGGGAUACCUGCUCUAAGUGCUAAGAUUAUGUGGGCUAAGCAGAUCAGUCGAAGGCUUACUACACUCAUCAACCAAGUGGCUUCAGUUCUAGGCCCUACUUGGGAUAAGCAUAUCGAUGGUCAGAGGAUCAAAGAGGAGUGUGACUUCUUUGCCAAGAAGCUAGACACCAGUCGUCUAUUCGAGAGCUGGGUUAAGCAAGCUAGAAGUGUAUCUAUAGACUGGGGUGCCCGAGUAUUGGCCAUUCAUAAGGCUAGGAAUGGAUCAUUAGCUCUACACAUGAACUUUGAUGCUGAUAUCCUUGAUCUCUGCCAAGAAAUUGCUUACUUGGAGAGCCUACAUUUCCAGAUACCAUUUGCUGUGAAGGUGAAAGGUGAGGAGAUAAGGAAGAUCUAUCCUCUUUCGAUAACCUUAAGGGAGUGUGCCGAGACCUACAUGUCUCUAGGGACUAAGCUCUCUCAGCAACCUCAAGUAGCCUCCCUGCUCGCUGCUUAUCAUGCUAAGGUUCAACAUGCUCUAGCAUCAGCGUAUGAUGUUGGUUGGGAUGAUAUCGAAGGUGUGUACUCCUAUACAGCAGAUGUGAGUGACUUGGUAUUCUCAUUCCAAGAUCGUUGGACUGAGGUCCUACGUAUGGUGAAUCGUAUUGAUGAUCUGGUGGAUGACCAACUACCCUGUACCCACAUGAUCGAUGGCCCAGCAUACCAGUCGAACGCUGAUGACCUUUAUAUAACAGCCAAUUCUACCCUUAUUACUGGAGGACGUGACCAACAACAACAGCAUGAGCAUGAGACUAUGCAUAACUAUGUGGAUGAGGUUCUGGCCAUCUUUGGUAAAGUACAGAAGAUAGUUGAUGAUCUCAAUCUAGCUGGAUGCUCCAAUCUUCGCCUUUACGUAUCUGAGCUCAACGCUAGACUAGAAGCUAGACUACGCAUGGAGCUCUCUGCAGUUGUGGGUAUAUGGGUCGAUGAGUUCGAGGAUUGGCCUCAUAAUGGUACCAGAGUUAUACCUGAGAAUAGUAUUUCCGUACACGAGCUGCUCAUGCUCCAAGAAGGGUCUAAUACGCGUCUUGUACUCAAGCCAAGCAUUGAGGAGGUAAGGGCCGGGCUCAUGGAGAAGCUUUCAAUCCUUCUAGCCAAGCUAUGCCACUUCCCUAGGAUUCGGUCUGGACGUUAUGAUAAUGUUACGGUAUCUGCUAAGAAGAAUGCUAUAGACAAUGGAGGAAGAGGAACUUGUUCAUCGUUCAUGAAUUUGGUCAACACCCAUCCAGAUGACCAGGCUUUAAGCCAAGCUUAUGAGAUCAUUGACUCUACCAUGGCUCGUAUGGCUACUUAUGUUCAUGAUUGGCAGAAGUAUGAAGCUCUAUGGAGGGCGGAGCCUUCCGCACUAUUCAACGAGCUAGGGGACGAUAUUGAGGCAUGGCAACAACUCUUGACCGAUAUCAGGGUCGCUAGGGCCGGUGUCGAUGCUGCUAGGGAUACUGAGACCUUCGGUCCAAUAGCGAUUGACUUUAGUCCAAUACAGGAACAGGUACUCCAUAAGUAUGACCAGUGGCAGAGGGAAGUGCUGCAGGCAUUCGCAAUGCAAAUGGCUGAUCAAACUAGGUCUAUGCUAUCCCAGCUAGAGAAGUCUAGAGGCUCACUCGAACGGCAGACCUUAGCCGUUACAAGCUGUCGAGAGAUAGCUGAAUUUGUCACUUGUGUGAGGGAAGCCCAAGGAAGUGCUGGAAAGGCCUGGGCCCAGAGGGUGGCGUCCCUACGAGCAGGGGAGAAGCUACUAGAGAGGCAGAGAUAUGCUUUCCCACGUGAUUGGAUAUGGACUGAUAGAGUGGAAGGAGAGUGGACAGCCUUAGAACAAGUCCUCAGCCGACGUAUUAAGCUCCUGGAGGAGAGCAAGGAUAAAGUCGAGCAUAUGAUAGCAUCUCAUGAUACGAAGGUAAUGGAACAGAUAAACAGCCUCUAUGAGGAAUGGGGGGCUAUGAGGGCCGACCAGACGACUCAACCUAACGAAGCAUUACAUAAUAUAUCGCUAUUCGAUACCAGGUUGAUGAAGCUGCAAGCUGACCUGGCACAGGUCAUAAAGGCUAAGAAGGUGUUGGAUUUAGACUGCAGCAAUGAGCGUCGCCUAGAUCCCCUGCGGGAAGAUGUAUCUAACCUGAGAGCUGUGUGGGAAGGCCUUGGAGGAGUGCAUCAGAAGCUGUCUGAUAUUGCUGAUACUCCAUGGCCAGCUGUAGUUGCAAAGAAAGUGAAGACUUCAUUGGAGCAACUUGUCGAAGAGCUCAGUCAACUACCUGAUGCGUUACGUCAAUACGAUGCUUAUGAUGAUCUACGCAGUCGAGUGGAAGCUGCCUUGGCCCUCCAUCCAAUCAUUGCUGAUCUCAAGUCUGAGGCAUUGAAGGAUCGCCACUGGAAGCAGAUUCUGGGCAUCUUGUCACUUGGUACGAUCCACAAUGGUGUCAAUGGCCUCUUAUUGGGACAGCUUUGGGAUAGUACUGGUCUCAAGGAGCGAGAGAAGGAGUUACGUGGUCUCAUGUCGGAGGCAGCUGGAGAACUAGCUUUGGAAGAGUUCAUAUCCUCUGUCAAGGAGUAUUGGACUACACUCAAUCUCGAUUUCAUACCCUAUGCUGGGGGUAAAUGCCAUUUAGUGCGGGGAUNNNNGGCUUUGUCUGUUAAGCUCUCGUUGUUCGAUACUAUGCUGGAUCACAUGACCAGAAUCGACCGAGUCGUUAGACAACCUCUGGGUCAUAUGCUCCUUGUCGGUGCUAGUGGGGUUGGUAAAACUGUCCUAUCAAAGUUCGUCAGCUGGAUGAACGGCCUCUCUGUCUAUCAGCUCAAGACCGGUAAGUCAUAUGAUAUCCACUCUUUCGAGGCUGACCUUCGGCAUGUUAUGAAGCGUGCUGGGGUGAAAGGAGAGAGAAUAUGCUUCAUCUUCGAUGAGUCUAACGUCCUCGGCCCAGCUUUCCUCGAGAGGAUGAAUGCUUUACUUGCUGGUGGAGAGGUCCCUGGUCUAUUCGAAGGCGACGAGUAUAACAACUUGAUCCAGGAGUGCCGUAGCAGUAACGAGACCGCCACUACAGCGGACGCCAACGAGCUAUUCUCUAACUUUACGAAAGAGGUACAGAGAAAUCUGCACAUAGUGUUCACAAUGAAUCCGGCCAACCCGGACUUCCACAAUCGUAAAGCGACAUCACCUGCUCUUUUCAACCGAUGUGUUGUUAACUGGGUUGGGGACUGGCCGACCGAUGCCCUACUACAGAUUGCCAAUGAUUCCCUCAUGCGACUGGAUCUACCCGAGCACUGUUUCAAGUCGGAUACUAUGGCCACUAGUAUGGUCUGCAUUCAUGAGAGUGUGAUGAAGCUUCAUGAUUCAUUGCGAUCCCUCAACAAGCGCUUUGCCUAUGUAACACCAAGGGACUACAUGGAUUUCCUGAGGCAUUUUGAGGAGCUCUAUACGACUAAACGGGCUGAGUGGGCAGAGCAACAACGACAUUUGAAUCUUGGUCUUGAGAAGCUACAUCAGACAGGGCAGCAGGUGGCAGAAAUGAAGACCCAGUUGUCGAGUAAAACGGAAUUACUAGCGGAGAAGAACAAGCUUGCUGAGGCUAAGAUGGCACAGAUGAUCAGAGGGCAGAGUGAAGCAGAGCAAAAGAAGAGGGAGAGCCAGUCUUUGCGGGAGAAGCUGAACAAAGAUCACCAACUCGCUGCCUCACGUCAAGAAGAGGUCGCCAGAGAACUGGCUGAGGUCGAACCCGCUCUCAACCAUGCUAGGCAGUUGGUACAGUCAAUACAACGGAAGCAAGUCGACGAGAUGAGGUCCUUACCGAAUCCUCCCGCACCAGUCAAGAUCACUCUCGAGGCUGUCGUAUGCUUGAUAAGGAACUAUGGUCCCGGUGUAGAGCUCACUUGGGACCACAUUCGUAAGGAGCUCAAAGAUCCACAGCUUAUGGUAACAGUACUCCAAUUCAACACUGAUGCAUUGAGCAUCGCUGCUAGGGAGCGUGUGGAGGGGUAUCUAAAGUCUUCGGCCUGGGACAUGGACCGUAUAGAGCGUGCCUCUAGAGCUGCAGGGCCCUUGGCCCAGUGGGUAACGAGUCAGAUCAGCUAUGGCAAGAUGCUACAGAGUAUUGGCCCUCUGAGGGCAGAGGUGGCAGAGCUCGAGACACAACAAAAGGCUAGCAACGAGAAGCUUCGGGCAAAUAGUGAGCUCCUUGAAAAGCUAGAGAAGGAGAUAGGGCAGUAUAAGGAUGAGUAUGCUCAAUUGAUAAGCGAGGGCCAGAGUAUACGUACCGAGAUGGAGGAGGUCUCUGCAAUGUGCAAGAGGUCAUCUGAUCUCUUGGCAUCGUUGGCAUCGGAGAAGGAACGUUGGGAGGUGCAGAAGGAUACCUACAAAUCCCAAUCGGGAACAAUAAUAGGAGAUACUGUUAUGGGUGCAGCUUUCUGUACAUAUAGUGGCUUCUGUGAACAUGCUCAUCGUGAACAAUUGCACGCAGAGUGGCAUCGUAUAUUUGACUCGACCAAGAAUGGUCCUAAGAUAAACAAUAGCCUGUCUCUAAUCGAGUAUCUAUCCAAGCCAGGGCAGCGUCUAGCCUGGGUUGCCAACCAGCUGCCUAAUGAUGAUCUAUCUAUUCAGAAUGCUAUCAUCAUUGACAGAUACAUACGUUAUCCGAUGAUUGUGGACCCAUCUGGACAGGCUGUUACCUUCCUACAGAAUGAGCAUGCACUCACUUCCUCGAG